ACUGCAAAUAGAUCGUUAAUUAUUAGGAAAAAUUGUUUUUGAAAACAAAUUUCAAAUAUAAAUUGAAAAUUUAACACAUAUAGCAUCUUAAAGCAUUUCAUAAGAUUUGGUAACUAAAUAAAGUAUAACAAUGGAUUCGGAUGACGAUGAUAUGCCUGAGGAAACAGGAAUUAAUUUAACCGGCAUAUUGUUUGGAAAUAUUGAUGAUGAUGGCAAACUGCAAGAUGAAGAAUUCGAUGAUAAUUUAGAACUUAAACAAAACUUGCAUUCAUUAUCUAAGUUUAGCCACAUAAGUUCUGUUAUAACCUCAAUGUUAGCUGAAGAUGAGAAACUAAGUGAUUUUGAUGCAUUGAAGUCUGGUGUGUCCCCAACUGAAGACGAUGACUACGACGGUGGUAAAGAUGAGGAUGCGGUUGAUUUUUUUGAUAUUGAGGAGUUUUCUGAGGAUUGCUCAAGAUCACCGGUGACGGCAGUACACACAAUAUCUGGAGAGGAUCUUGAGGAUGCAAUACCAGCUAAUAAAGUAGAAGCUAGUCAUUUAAAAAAAGAUGAUAAAGAACUAAUGCCACCACCCAGUCUACCUACACGAAGUGGUAGUACAUCUAAUGAUGACACAAAUCAAAAAAAUGAAAGUACCGAUACUGCAUCAGAACUAGAUAAAUCUCAAAAGCUAAUGGAGCGUAAGCUUGAUACUCCAUUAGCAGAUAUGCUACCAUCGAAAUAUGCUAACGUAGAUGUAAGAGAACUAUUCCCUGAUUUUCGUCCAGAUAAAGUAUUGCGUUUUUCACGUCUUUUUGGUCCAGGUAAACCAUCUAGUUUACCACAAAUUUGGCGUCACGUGAAAAAAAGAAGACGUAAGCGGAAACAAUCAAGAGAUCACAAGAAUGUAAAUGGUGGUUCAGACUCAACAAGUGAUUCUGAAGAGCCCAAGAAAAAGGGUUUUGGUGUUUUUUAUGGACCUGAACCUACACCGGAUCAAUGUAGGUCCGAUGAUGAAGACAAACUGUUAAGCGAAUUAAACGAUGAAGGUGAAAAACAAGAAGACUUAGAAAAUGGUGAAAGUAAUGAAAAUAAACCAAAAAUUGCUGAUUGGCGUUAUGGACCAGCACAGAUUUGGUAUGAUAUGCUUGAAGUGCCUGAUUCUGGAGAAGGAUUUAACUAUGGCUUUAAAGUAAAAUCUUUAGCUGAAUCUAAAAAAAGUCAAAAUGAUUUGGAGAUUUCAUCUCAUGACAAUCUUGAAACUGAAAACGCUCUUCCUGAUGAUGCAUUCUUAAUGUUAUCACAGUUACAUUGGGAAGAUGAUGUGGUUUGGGAUGGAAACGAUAUAAAAGCAAAAGUUUUACAAAAAUUAAAUUCAAAAACUAAUGCUGCUGGUUGGUUACCAUCAAGUGGUUCACGUACUGCCGGUGCAUUCAGUCAGCCUGGUAAAACAAUGCCAGCUUCUGGUACCCCAGGUGGGAAAAUGUCCGGCGGUUCUGGAUCAAGUAGCAAGCAAAAAGCAAAUCAAAUUAUACAGCCGAAACCUGUUGAAUCUAUUGAUGACACUUGGUAUAGCAUAUUUCCUGUUGAAAAUGAGGAAUUAAUUUACACAAAAUGGGAAGAUGAAAUAAUAUGGGAUUCUGCAAAUAUGCAAAAAAUGCCUAAACCAAAAGUUUUAACACUCGAUCCUAAUGAUGAGAACAUAAUAUUAGGUAUACCAGAUGAUAUUGAUCCAUCUAAAAUUAAUAAAAAUACUGGGCCACCACCGAAAAUUAAAAUACCACAUCCACACGUUAAAAAAUCAAAAAUUUUACUUGGAAAAGCUGGUGUAAUUAAUGUAUUAGCAGAAGAUACACCACCUCCACCACCAAAAAGUCCUGAUCGCGAUCCAUUUAACAUAUCAAAUGAUUCAUAUUAUAUGCCGAAGACUGAACCGACUUUCCGCCUUAAAGCUGGAGGCGGUAAUUUAAUACAGCAUUCAACACCAGUAGUAGAAUUACGUGCUCCUUUUAUACCUACACAUAUGGGACCAAUGAAGCUACGUGCCUUCCAUCGACCACCAUUAAAGAAAUAUUCACAUGGUGUAUUAUCACAAACCAUACAACAUCAAGUGCUACCAUUGCUUAAAAACAUUGCGAAAAAAGCGAAGCAAAGGGAGUUGGAAAGAAUUGCAUCAGGUGGUGGUGAUGUAUUUUUUAUGCGUAAUCCAGAGGAUUUAAGUGGUAAAGAUGGAGAUAUUAUUUUAGCUGAAUUUUGCGAAGAGCAUCCACCAUUGAUGAAUCAAGUUGGCAUGUGUUCGAAAAUUAAAAACUAUUAUAAACGUAAAGCAGCAAAGGAUAAUUGUACAAAAGACUUUAAAUAUGGCGAAGUGGCUUUUGCACAUACAAGUCCUUUUCUUGGUAUUCUACAUCCUGGGCAGUGUAUACAGACUAUCGAAAACAAUAUGUACCGUGCACCGAUAUACCCACAUAAAAUCAAUACUACUGAUUUCUUAGUAAUACGUUCUCGAAAUAACUAUUGGAUACGAUCUGUCGACGCAUUAUUUACAGUGGGACAAGAAUGUCCAUUAUUUGAAGUACCAGGGCCAAAUUCGAAGAGAGCAAACAAUUUCACACGUGAUUUUUUGCAGGUGUUUAUAUAUAGAUUAUUCUGGAAAAGUACUGACAAUCCGCGUAGAAUUCGUAUGGAUGAUAUUAAACGUGCCUUUCCAGCACAUUCUGAGAGCAGCAUUCGUAAGCGUCUUAAACAAUGUGCUGAUUUUAAACGUACUGGUAUGGAUUCAAAUUGGUGGGUAAUCAAACCAGAAUUCCGAUUACCGUCAGAGGAGGAAAUACGUGCUAUGGUAUCACCUGAACAAUGCUGUGCUUAUUUUAGUAUGAUAGCAGCUGAACAAAGACUUAAGGACGCUGGUUAUGGUGAAAAAUUUUUAUUUGCACCGCAAGAAGAUGAUGAUGAGGAAGAGCAAAUGAAACUUGAUGAUGAAGUUAAAGUUGCACCAUGGAAUACAACACGAGCUUACAUACAAGCUAUGCGUGGAAAGUGCUUGUUACAAUUGACUGGUCCUGCAGAUCCCACAGGUUGCGGAGAAGGUUUUUCAUAUGUUCGAGUUCCAAAUAAACCCACUCAAACGAAAGAGGAACAAGAGUCUCAACCAAAACGUACUGUCACAGGUACCGAUGCCGAUUUACGUCGCUUGCCUCUACAACGAGCUAAAGAAUUGCUACGUAAAUUCAAAGUUCCGGAAGAGGAAAUCAAAAAACUUUCUCGUUGGGAAGUAAUUGAUGUCGUGCGUACGCUUUCUACUGAAAAGGCUAAAGCUGGUGAACAAGGCAUGGAUAAAUUUUCACGUGGUAAUCGUUUCUCAAUAGCAGAACAUCAAGAACGCUAUAAAGAAGAAUGUCAACGUAUAUUUGAUUUACAAAAUCGUGUUUUGGCUAGCGAAGAAGUGCUUUCAACUGACGAAGCCGAAUCCUCAGCAUCUGAAGAAUCAGAUUUAGAAGAGCUUGGUAAAAACUUGGAAAAUAUGUUGUCAAAUAAAAAAACAUCAACCCAGCUUUCUAUGGAACGUGAGGAGCAAGAAAGACAAGAAUUAUUGAAAAAAUUCAUGGAAGAGCAGGAGAGCAGUAAUUCCAAAGGUGGUAAAUCAAAGGAUGGUAAAGAUGAAAACUCCCAACAACCAGUGCAAAAUCCAAAUCAAGGUCGCAUUUUGAAAAUAACUCGAACUUUCAAAAACCAAGAAGGUAAAGAAUAUACACGAGUUGAAUUGGUACGUCGCGCACCUGUCAUUGAUGCAUAUGUAAAAAUACGCACUACAAAGGAUGAGCAGUUCAUUAAACAAUUUGCCACAUUAGAUGAACAACAAAAAGAAGAGAUGAAACGAGAAAAACGACGUAUUCAAGAGCAAUUGCGACGUAUUAAACGUAAUCAGGAACGUGAUCGUUUAGCGCAAUUAGCACAAAAUCAAAAGUUACAACCUGGUGGUAUGCCUACAUCUUUGGGUGACCCCAAAUCAUCUGGUGGAUCAUCACAUAAAGAACGCGAUACAAGUCAUAAAGAAGUUAGUCCGUCACGAAAGAAAUUCAAACUGAAACCAGAUUUGAAACUUAAAUGUGGAGCAUGUGGUCAGGUUGGCCAUAUGCGUACCAACAAGGCAUGUCCUCUUUAUACUGGCACACAAUGUCCUUCCACACCAGUAAAUGUAACAAUUCCCGAAGAGCCAGAAGAGGAAGUGGAAAAAGAAGUUAACGUAGAAGAUGAUGAUUUUGUUAAUGUGGACGGAACCAAAGUAACGCUGAGCAGUAAAUUGCUUAAACGUCACGAGGAUCUGAAGCGUCGCACAUUAUUAUUGAAAGUGGCAAAAGAUGGUACUGGCAAGAAGAAACGACGCAUGGCUGGUGAUUUGCAUUGUGACUACCUGCAGCGACAUAAUAAGACUGCAAAUCGUAGACGCACCGAUCCAGUUGUUGUAUUAUCUUCAAUAUUGGAAGAAAUACUAAAUGAAUUACGUGCUAUACCUGACGUCUCACCAUUUUUGUUUCCUGUCAAUGCUAAACUUGUUCCCGAUUAUUAUCGUAUUGUUACUAAACCUAUGGACUUACAGACGAUGCGCGAUCAUAUAAGAACACGUCGUUAUCAUAACCGUGAAGAAUUCUUAGCUGAUCUGAACCAAAUUGUAGAGAAUUCAACAUUAUAUAAUGGUGCUAAUAGCUCAUUUACAAUGGCUGCACAACGUAUGAUACAAAAAUGUUUCGAACUUUUGUCAGAAAAGGAAGAUAAACUAAUGCGCUUGGAGAAGGCAAUAAAUCCUCUACUGGAUGAUGACGACCAAGUCGCACUUUCAUUUAUUUUUGAAAAACUUCAUGGUAAAAUUAAACUUAUGCAAGAAAGUUGGCCUUUCUUAAAACCUGUGAAUAAAAAACAAGUUAAGGACUACUACACAAUUAUUAAGAAGCCAAUGGAUCUAGAGAAGAUUGGUAAAAAUGUUGAAGCUCAUCGUUACCAUUCGCGGGCAGAAUUUUUGGGUGAUAUUGAGCUAAUAGCCACGAAUUGUGAACAGUACAAUGGUAGUGAGUCACGAUUCACAAAGCACGCCAAAUAUUUAUUAAAUUUUGCUAAAUCCCAGUUAGAAGAGUUUGAUGAACACUGUGCGCAAUUGGAACAGAAUAUAAGUAGGGUUCAGGAACGGGCACGUGCUGAUAUUGAAAUGGAUGACACUUGGGGUGGUGAUGAGCAAGAUUAUGAUUAUAAUCGUACAAGUCGCUCUAGCACACCUGAUGAAUUUGUAGAUGUGGAAGGCAAUGAACCGUCAUCCUCAAGUUCCUUACAGCGUGCUUUUGGUGGAACUGGAUUGAAUGAUGGAAGCUUUAAUGCACCUCCACCGCCCGAUGUGAAGAGAGGACGUGGCAGGCCACGUAAACAACGUGAUACUGUCGAAGAAGUCAAAGUUAUACCGAGUGCUGUUAAACGUGGUCGUGGUCGCCCGCGCAAGGACAGCUCAAAUUUAAAUAACACAAAUAAUUCCUUUUUGGAAGAAGAUCUCCAAUGCUCUACGGACGAUGAAGAGUUUCAAGAAGUUUCAGAAGAUGAGAAUAAUACAGCCAGCAUUCUGGAUCAGGGUGAACGUUUGCAGGCAAACGUUAGCAAUGAAAACGAUACGAUCGAUAUAUCGCAUAUUAAAACAGAAAUGAAAACUGAGCCAAUUCAAAUGCAUCCAGAGGAGCAACAAGGCGAGGAUGAUAGCCAGCAAGCAGCUGAAGCAAUGGUGCAGUUGAGUGGAGUCGGAUUCUACACUCAACAGCAACAAGAUGACUCAAUGGAACUGGACCCGAACUAUGAUUUAGGCGAUUUUCUCACAAUGCGCAAUCGUAACAAUAAUAAUUCACAAGAUCAAGAAUUUUUGGCAAUACAAAAUGAUGAAAAUGCCCAAAUGAAUAGCACAACUAGUUCUAACGAAAAUGGAGACAACAGCAUGCAACAACCAAUAAUGCCUUUAUUGUUGCCGGGUAACGAUAACGUUGGCAUUGAUGAGGACUUGGCUAUAUCUGAAAGUGACGAAGAGGAUGAAAAUGGUAGUGGUAUGGCGAUUAAAAGAGAACCCGUUCAUGAAAACGAUAAUAACGCCAAUGAUUCUGCUCAAAACCAGCUACCAACGGAUCGAAAAGAUGAAUUUAAGCACGAGGAUAAUGACGAUGAUGGCUGGUUGCGAUUUUAAACUUUGGUUCAAAUCAAAUGGCAUUUGCGGAAGAUCGUUAAAAAUCAGUAAAACAGGAUUAAAAUGCACGGAACGAUCAGAACCUAUUCCCACUUGAUUUUAACCAAGCGGUAAAUGUUAUUGUACAUGUUAGUUUGUAAGUUUAAAUUUAAGAACAUAAUUAGCAAAGCUUCAAAACAAUGUUAUCUAUCUAUCAUAAUUUACUUAUAAUAAAAUAAACUUCUUUUUUUAAUAUAA